AUGUCAGGACGUGCAUUUAGAAAAGCAAUAAAUAAAGAGUAUGAGCUCUCUGCAGUGCAAAUGGAAGAAGAAAAUGAUUCCGAAGAAAUUGAGCCUAAACGGUCACCUCCAAAGGGAAAUUUAUUCGAUUUACUCAAUGAAGGUGUUGACGACGCUGAAAGUUACAUUUCAGACGAAAACCAAAAUUUACAAACUACUUCGACACAAAAAUCACGUACGGGAAAGAGAGUUGAAGAUAUGAGCAAUACCGAACUAGAAAUUUUGAUUCGAGAAAUUAAUGACAAGUUCGGUAAUCUUUCAACAGCACAACAGGACGAUGAUAAAACAAAAGAAGGACAUCAAUCUUCAGUAGUUUUAAGCAAUCCAUUUUUAAUUGUAGAUACACGUUUAUUAGAUGCAGAUGGCGAAAUGAGGAGGAUGUUUUCUUCUGGAGUUGUAGACAGAGAGAUUCGAAGCAGAAAUUAUGCGCGUACUAUAAAAAAAACGUUGCUGGCAAAACCAAGACAAAGUUGGCCGCCGAUUCUUAAAUUUGGAUUAAGAAUGGAAUUAUUGAAGGAAGAGGAAGGAAUUUAUUAUUUUAAAUUUAUGCACUCUCAGCAAUACCAAAUAGUUCAAUCGGAUUUUUUACAACGCAUAUCCACACAUGAUCCAAAUGCAGUUUUCUCCCUAUUGCAUGAGAAUCCAUAUCAUAUAGAUUCGCUAUUGCAAAUGAGCGACGUUUACAAAAUGUCAGGAGAUCAUACUAUGGCAGGCGAACUUAUAGAACGUGCAUUGUAUGCGUUUGAAAAAAGCUUCCACGUUAAGUUUAAUAUUGCAAAAGGUACUUCUCGAAUGGAUUACAAAUAUUUCGAAAAUAGAGCUUUUUUCCUUGGAUUAUUACGUCAGAUUCAAUCUUCAUCUCGUCGAGGAUGUUGGCAAACUUCCUUUGAAUUUUCAAAAUUAUUACUUUCAUUGGAUCCUGUAAACGAUCCUUUGUGUGUACUGAAUUUCAUUGAUUAUCUUGGUUUAAAAGCUCAACAACAUUCUUAUGUUUUAUCCCUUGCCAAUGAGUGGACUUUGCAUAAUUUACAAGAUUGGCCUAAUUUUGCUUAUUCCGCCGCAAUAGCAAAAUUUCAACUAGAGUUGCGUGAUGAAAAUAAUUCCCAGACACAUGAAAUGAGCACAAAAAUGUUAGAAAAAGCUAUUCUUUAUUUUCCAUCCGUUAUUCUUCUUUUGUCUGAAAAAUGUGAUAUCCAACUUGAAAAUGAUGUUGCCGAAAGUUCGUUAGUUCAAGAAGUGCCAAGUUCCAAUCAUCUUAAUCUUUUGAUUAACCAUUACGUUGAACAAGUCUCGCCUCUAUGGACGCAACCUGAACUUAUUGAAUGGCUUCAGACUACGUCAAUAAACGUAGUUGUAAAAUUGCAAAUUCCAAAUUAUAAAGCUUCUUUGAACGAUGAGGAGUUUACUCAAGCCUUUUCAUAUGGGAAAAAUCUCAGAGAAAAUUCGUUUAAUGAACAAAUUCCGCUAAAUUUAAGUAGAUAUAUUGUCAUUUCUGAAAAUUCUAAAUUUCUCGCAUAUCUUCCUGAAGAAGUCACGAGCGGAGAUAUUAAUCUUCACGAUCCUUUACCGCCACCAGAUGGAGUUAGCCCUUAUGAUGCAUUUUCAGACUCUUCUUCAACGCUUGCUAGCACUGAUUGGGAGAAUCUUUUGGCAGUUGAUCUACGACAAUUAUUUGGAAAUGCGAAUGUGCAAAUGAUUACAGAACGUAUACACCAAAUAGCUGAUGCAGCAAACCUACAAGCAGCAGCUGAAAGAUUAAUUGAUGUAAUUCGCGGAACAAGUGGUAAUGAUAUUGAUGAAAAUCAACAACUUCCAAAUGAAAAUCGAGAGCUUCUGAUGCCUGGCGGAUUUCCUCAGGAUAACUCAUCACAAACGCAAGACCUU